AUGGAGGCCACCGCACUUGUGCUCCUCCCUCACAGCCACAGCGGCCUCACGGCCAGAGCACCCCCAUGCGUGGGCGGAAGAGGUGUCUCCUGCGUGACGAAGAAGAGCUACGUGAGGAGGAUCAAGCGGAGCUCCACGGUGCGAGGGGUCAUGGCGAGGCCACAAGAAGCGACGCUAGCUCGGGUCCCGGCACCGGCGCCAACAAGGCCGGUGAGGGAGACGGCCGCGGCCACGACGACGACGACGGUGUACCACGACACCUGGUUCGACAACCUGGCCAUUGGCUACCUCUCCAGGAAACUUCAAGAAGCUUCCGGGAUAAAGAACGGAAAACAUGGCUACCAAGGGUUAAUAGAGGCCGCGGUGACAAUCUCCAGAAUCUUCAGGCUCGACACACAGUGCGAGAUUGUGGCCAGCGCUCUCGAACGAGCAAUGCCAAGCUACAUCGUCACAAUGAUAAAGGUGAUGAUGCCGCCUUCAAGAUUUUCCAGGGAGUACUUUGCUGCCUUCACCACCAUAUUCUUCCCUUGGCUGGUUGGACCAUGUGAGGUCAGGGAAUCUGAAGUCGAUGGAACGAGAGAGAAGAAUGUGGUGUACAUCCCCAAAUGCAGGUUUCUGGAAAGCACCAACUGUGUCGGUAUGUGCACGAACCUUUGCAAGAUCCCAUCCCAGAAGUUUAUGCAAGAUUCACUCGGAGUUUCUGUGUACAUGUCACCCAAUUUUGAAGACAUGAGCUGCGAGAUGAUCUUUGGACAGCAACCUCCUGAAGAUGACCCAGCACUGAAGCAGCCCUGCUUCAGCACGAAAUGUAUCGCGAAGCAGGACUAUGGUGUGAGUUGCUAGCAUACUUGAUCAGAUAGAAAUCAUUAAUGAUUAAACACUCCCGAAAUAUCAGUGAAAUGCCCACAGCUCCAUAGUUGUAUUUUUCUUGAGAAACUUGCAGAAGGCAUUUUUAAUACAUUCAACUAUUACGUCAAAUUGUUACCCAGAGUGGUCUAAGAUGAAAUGAAGAGCAGCGAAAAUCAUCAUAUCACUCAGAGCAAGAAAUAUGUAACAUACUAACAUCACUUGGUGGAUCAUGUUGUAUACUUAUAGGAUGCGUAUAGCUGUUCGGUAAACACUUACCUGGUUACCAUUGAUGUGCGUCCACAUCAAGUACGGACCGGUAACAGAAGAAAUUAGUUCAGAUCGUUGGUUCAAUCUUUGUAAGACCAAGAGAAAGUCUGCUCGGACUGUGAAGGUUAAAUGAGUGUAAUCAUCAAUGAGCUCUGGCAAAGCAAUCCAAGACGAGACAAUCCAGGACGAGGCUACAAUUUGGUAGAUGGCAAGAGCAGAAUGAUCGAGGGAGUUGUGUGCAUCACUGAAAGCGCAAGUUUCAACAUGAAGGCCUUCAUAAUACUACUCCAUUUUGCUAUUUCUUUAGUUUCUUGUAGCUUACUAGCUUAUCUCGUCUA